GCAGCACAGCCGAAUCGUGUCAGUCGAGAGCCGCGCGUCAGAGACCACGGGUUGUUGUUGUGCUACACGUCGUGAAGAGGGAGAGAGAGAGCCGCGCAGUUCACCGCAUCACACCACUCUCCCGGGGAGUGAACCGCCUCCGCCGUCGUCGUCGUCGUGAUCCCCGAAGGACAGGACACGCCCUGCAGCUCCUUUCCUCCGCCAUGACCCUCCUGCCCGAGACCGUGUCUGCAGCCCCCGGGCGCGCGCUGGCGGUGGCAGCGGGGGCGGCCGUGGCGGUGGGCCUGGGGGUGGCGGCGGCGCGCAGCCUGGCCGGCCCCCGCCCGCCCCCCGAGUCGCAGUGGCGCCGUGUCGGCACCCUCUCCGAGCUCGCCCUCUUCCCGCUCAAGUCCGGCCGGCCCCUCUACACCGACUCGCUGCUCGCCACUCGAGAGGGCGUCUGUCAGGGCGCCCUCCGCGACAGGGUGUUCGUCGCCGUCAACCGCAACGGGUGCUUCGUGUCCGGGCGCACGCACCCGGGUCUCAUGAAGAUCGACGUGAAGGCCGUGCCCAAGGACGGCAAGUCCCUUGACGACGUGGUGUUCGAGUUCCACAGCAGCCGGGUGCCCACCCCGCUGAAAGUGGAUCCGGCAGACCUGGCCGGCUUUGCGAAGAAGAAGAUAUCCGUCCAGGGCACUAGCGUGUCCGCCGUAGACUGCGGGGAUGAGGCCGCCGCCUGGAUCCGGAGGGCGACCGUCGACGCGGAGGUGCACGGCGAGGCCACGGCCAUCGCGGACCUGCGCCUGGCCUUCUUCCCCUCGCAGCGCACCGACCGAGCGCCGUACAAAGUGGCGUCUCCCGAGGUCAUGGGGAUCUACUCCGACAUGACCGCCUACCACCUGACGACCAGCUCAUCCUUGGCGGCGCUCAACGCCAAGCUGGACAGCCCCGUCACGACCCUCAACUUCCGGCCCAACUUCUUGGUGGACGGGACCAACGCCUUCGAGGAGGACGGCUGGUCCUGGGUUCGCAUCGGCGACAAGGCCGUGUUCCGCGUGGUGAUGCCGUGCGGCAGAUGCCUCCUCACAACCGUCGACCCGGAGACUGGAGUCAAGGCUGAAAACGUCGAACCGCUGAGGACUCUGAAUGCGAUCCGGAAGCCGAACGCGGAGCAGACCAAGAAGAUGGGGGGCAACUCGGGCAUGUUCGGCAUCAGGUUGGGCAUCCACUCGAUGGGACAGGUGUCUGUGGGCGAUGCCGUGUACGUCGCAUCGUGAGAUGUUUAAGCUGGCCAUAAUCUUGAAUUUUAGUGAGGGCACUGAAACUAAAUGGUAAAUUUUUGUGUGUUUUAUUUUGUGUCUGAAAAAGUGAUAAUAAAAGAAGCCGUACUAUUCAA